GGACGAAUGUCAUUUACAAAUAUGAUGUUUGUUAUCGAUGGAAGCAUGAAGCUCAUUUUCGUUGUGCUCAGUGCAGCUAUUUGCUCGGCUACAGGUCUUUCCGCCUCGUUGAGUGGCCGGAUCACUGGAGGUGGCACAGCUUCACCAGGACAAUUUCCGUACGUGGUUUCAAUCACUGAAAAUGAUCGUCAUAUCUGUGGCGGAUUCAUUUACAGCUCACGCUGGAUCGUCACGGCUGCUAGUUGCGUCGACGGGAAAUCGUAUACUAAAUUGAAUGUCGUUGCCGGUCAAGUGAGUUUAAUAAAUCCAGAUAUCAAUGAGCAGAAAAUGGCCGUCUACACCAUUACGAUUUUUCCAGAGUAUAACAGCACGAAUAAGCUGAAUGACGUCGCUCUCCUUUGGCUUACCGCAGAUAUUUUGUUUGACAAUGACAAUGUUGAUUUCAUUCCCUAUGGUACAGAACUUCAGGAUUUAGCUAAGCCAAGAAACGGAAUAUUUAUGGGAUGGGGAGCGAGUUUUGAUGGUGGUGCCGAAAGUGUUAACCUUCGCUACGCCACAGCUGUUGACUAUCCAAUGACGGCGGAAGCGAUUUGUGGAGACUAUUCCAAUACGGAAUUUAAUUAUUUGACCAUGAUGUGCACUGGUGUGUUUCUCGAAGAACCUAGUGGAUCCCCUUGUCAAUACGACGAAGGAUCUCCGCUAGUUCAAGAGAUUCCUGAUGAUCCCAAUGAUUUGUCACUACCGACAACCACAACCGCUGUCGGCAUUUUCUCCAAGACGGAGAGCUGUGCUAUUUCGUCUGGUAAAAGUGUUUUCACCCGAUUGUCGGUGUAUUACGAUUGGUUCAAAAACACGGCAGGUCUUCAGCCGACACGACCUUAAAGUAUCAACGUGCAUUUAUUAUAUAACCGCGACACACAGGGAAAAACAAAGAGCCAAGACACAUGACAAAGUAGCCAUGCAGAAUAAUACUAUGUACUUGAAUAUAAAUACACAAAUAAACGAUUGAUUAUUAU